GUCCAUCAUUUCGUCAUCUCAGAGCUGAAGGACAGUUGUCCCCCCGUCUGUCCCUCACGUUGUCUCCUCAGAUCUGACCUUUGACCUCACCAUGAAUCCGUACACAGAUCUAACCCUGAGCGAAGCUGCUGGUUCCUCAGAGAGUCCAAACUCUUCCUGUCCGUCCUCGUCUCUGUCCAUCGUCCAGACGGGCCUCAGCUCUCAGAACAUUUUACUCCACAACUCUCCUUCCAGACAGCAGUCGGUGCACGUCUGGUCCCUGAGCCCCACGUUGGCCCUUCCAGGCUUCAGUCCGUCCUCUGAGAACCCCUACGCUCCCCCCGUGUCCCUCCAUUCCUACCAGGUCUCCAUAAGCCUCCCGUCCCCAGACGUCCAGCUGUCCCCCGCCCCGCCCCAGUGCUCUGAGGAGACGGGUCCGGACCUGGAGUGCUCCGUCUGCUUCAGCCAGUUCAACAACGUCUUCCGCUGCCCCAAGAUGCUCCACUGCAAGCACACGUUCUGCCUGGAGUGCCUGGCCCGCAUCAACGUCAAGUCCGCCGAGCCCGGCGCCAUCCAGUGCCCGCUGUGCCGCGGCCUGACGCCGCUGCCCACCCUGGGCCUGCCCAGACUCAUCACGGACCCGGACGUGCUGUCCUACCUGCCCGCCGCCAUGCAGAGGGUCUACAGCAUCCGCUUCAUCCGCAACAAGGGCAAGCUGCAGGUCAAAAGGUCCUCUGAGUGUCCCAGUCAUUUGGGUCGGGGGUCUCUGGUGAACCGGACCCUGGACGUGGGCCUCCCCAGUCCGUCUUCAGGCGGCGGCGGCGGCGUUGGCGGCGCCCUGUUCCGCCUGACGGGGCGACCGGCGUGCCGGGCCUUCCUCCUGACCUCUGUGGUGAUGAUGAUGGUCCUCCUGACGGCCAUCGUCAUCUUCCUCCUCACCUACAAGAACAUGGGCUGA